GGGACCAGGAGGCGGAGGCGGGGUGGCCCUGGGUCCGAGAGCAGGAGUCGAGCCGGGCCCCGGGGCCGAAGUUUGGCCGCGGCUCCGGGAGGCAGAGCGGGCGCCCCCGGCGGCCUCCAGCCCCCUUUCGCAUCCUCGUCCCGAGCCCGCUGGCCCCGGGGACGGCAGCCGUGACCCGGCCAACUCCUAGGCGGGGACGCCGCGACGGGAACUUGAGGCCCUAGAGGGAUGUGAAGGCCCAAAAUGACCCUGCUCCCGGGAGACAAUUCUGAUUACGACUACAGUGCCCUGAGCUGCACCUCGGACGCCUCCUUCCACCCGGCCUUCUUCCCGCAGAGCCAGUCCCUCAAGGGCGUGUUCUACCGGCGCGCCCAGCGGCUGCGGCCGCAGGAUGGCCCCUGCCCGGGCAGCCCCGCGGGGGACCGCCGCCGCCGGAUCAUCAUCAACGUGGGCGGCAUCAAGUACUCGCUGCCCUGGACCACGCUGGACGAGUUCCCGCUGACGCGGCUGGGCCAGCUCAAGGCCUGCACCAACUUCGACGACAUCCUCAACGUGUGCGACGACUACGACGUGACCUGCAACGAGUUCUUCUUCGACCGCAACCCGGGGGCCUUCGGCACCAUCCUCACCUUCCUGCGGGCGGGCAAGCUGCGGCUGCUGCGGGAGAUGUGCGCGCUCUCCUUCCAGGAGGAGCUGCUGUACUGGGGCAUCGCCGAGGACCACCUCGACGGCUGCUGCCGCCGCCGCUACCUGCAGAAGAUCGAGGAGUUCGCCGAGAUGGUGGAGCAGGAGGACGAGGAGGACCCGCUGGACAGCGAGGGCCGCGACAGCGAGGGCCCCGCCAGGGCCGAGGGCCGCCUGGGCCGCUGCAUGCGGAGACUGCGCGACAUGGUGGAGAGGCCCCACUCGGGGCUGCCCGGCAAGGUGUUCGCCUGCCUGUCGGUGCUGUUUGUCACCGUCACCGCGGUCAACCUCUCCGUCAGCACCUUGCCCAGCCUGAGGGAGGAGGAGGAGCAGGGCCAGUGCUCCCAGAUGUGCCGCAACGUCUUCAUCGUGGAGUCGGUGUGCGUGGGCUGGUUCUCCCUCGAGUUCCUCUUGCGGUUCAUCCAGGCGCCCAGCAAGUUCGCCUUCCUGCGCAGCCCGCUGACACUCAUCGACCUGGUGGCCAUCCUGCCCUACUACGUCACGCUGCUGGUGGACGGCGCGGCCUCGGGCCGCCGCAAGCCGGGCGCCAGCAACAGCUACCUGGACAAGGUGGGGCUGGUGCUGCGCGUGCUGCGGGCGCUGCGCAUCCUGUACGUGAUGCGCCUGGCGCGCCACUCGCUGGGGCUGCAGACGCUGGGGCUCACGGCCCGCCGCUGCACCCGCGAGUUCGGGCUGCUGCUGCUCUUCCUGUGCGUGGCCAUCGCCCUCUUCGCCCCGCUCCUCUAUGUCAUCGAGAACGAGAUGGCCGACAGCCCCGAGUUCACCAGCAUCCCCGCCUGCUACUGGUGGGCGGUCAUCACCAUGACGACUGUGGGCUACGGAGACAUGGUGCCCAGGAGCACCCCCGGCCAGGUGGUGGCGCUGAGCAGCAUCCUCAGCGGCAUCCUGCUCAUGGCCUUCCCGGUGACGUCCAUCUUCCACACCUUCUCCCGCUCCUACCUGGAGCUCAAGCAGGAGCAGGAGAGGGUGAUGUUCCGCAGGGCCCAGUUCCUCAUCAAAACCAAGUCGCAGCUGAGCGGCAUGUCCCAGGACAGUGACAUCUUGUUCGGAAGUGCCUCCUCGGACACCAGAGACAACAACUGAGCCCAGAGGACACCCUGCCCUGCCUGCCAUCGCACCUCCGCACUCCAGCCAUCCACCGCAGAAGCCUCCAGAGAGACAUCAGUAUGGCCCGGACCCGCCCCAAGAAGGACAUCCCCCACGUGGCAGAGGGUCCCUGCCCUCUGCUCCACAGUGAGAGGGAAGCUGCUCACGCCCCAGCGUCCAGCCACGGCUGCCCCAGUCUGUUCCCCUGCCGGGAGGCGGCUCAUCCUGCCCACCAUGUAAAUAACACCCAGCAAAACCCGCUUCCAAGGUGCCUGGAAGAGAGGACAAGCAACCGCAGCACGUCUGUCCUCGGUGCGGAGCGUGCCCGGGGACAGGGAACCGGUGACAGAAAGGAACGCCUCCCCCCAGGCUCCCCUUGAAAGAGGGAGCAAAGCCCACAGGGGCACCGGAAGUAAAAGGGCCGUUGGCCGGGGUGGCUCAGCUGUGGGGUUGGAGGAGACAAGGGCCCCUGGGGACACGGUGGUCCCGGCACUGCCCCCUGCUUCUCCUGACCCAGGCUGGUCCUUUUUGCCCUUUUCCCUCCUUCCCCCUCCUCUCUUUCCCCCUUGAGGCCUGUUUCUCAAACAGAGUCCCCGAGGCACUCCCAGCAGUUGAUAGGACACACAGGGGCCUGUUGGCCCUGCUGACCCCAGAGGGGAAGUGGCUUCAUUCCCUCUCUAACCCGUAGUGUGGUCUUUUCACUCCUCGUGUGUGUUAGUAUCAUGAAAAAUAAAUGCCUGAUGCCACCUGGAUCCUCACAAACAUGAGGCGGGUGGGUGUUUUGGGCUGGUGGCCCACGGCUCUGGGCAGCCUGAGAAGCACACUGAAGCCCCCAAAGGCCCUCGUGUGGCCCCAGAGCCCUCCAGAGCACCCGCCUGAACCAGACGGCUCCCUGAGCUCAGGUUGUGUAGAUGACGCACACAGAGAGGGCACGAGGCCCGCCUAGAAGGUUCCCUGCAGCUCCAGGACCCGAGCCGUGGCGCCUCAUGGGCAUCUGGAAGGAGCUUCACACCCACGUCACACUCCCAAACUGCCCCCUCGCGGGUACAGCAGCAUCACCUUCUUCUCCAUCCUACACGCCAGAGGCCCUGCCACCGUCCCCACCCCAGCCCAGCAGCAGGAAGCACACUCGGGAAACGAGCCUGGUGGUGAGGCCGCCCUGCCCACGCCCCGGGCGACUGUCCAUUGCACAAGGAUAAAGCCAGCGCCCUGGGCCCCUGGCCCUGUCCUCUCGGGAUCCUCCCCGACCUCCUCCUGCGUGGCUCUUUCCACCGGCCUCUCGGGUCUGCUCUUCAGACACACCCAGCCGUCCCCUCGGCCCUCAACCUGCAGGCCCCGCUGACAGGAGCGCCCUUCCUGCCACCUCCCAGGGAGGCUUCCCUGACCCGACUGUCCCCAGAACCCAGGCCAGCGCCCCCCACUCCCCUGGUCCUGCUACUUAGCCAUGGUCUGGCUCGGCACGAGCUGGUCACUGCCAACGGGCAGGGACUCGGCAACAUGGCUCGGCCUGGUCCUGGCGCCUCUGCAGGCGGGGGCUGACCGGGGCUCGUACCCAUUUGUCGUAACAGUGAAGGGAACAGAGGAGAGGCCCAAAGCCCGGAGAGGCACUUGGUUCCAGCACUUGUUUUUAAUGUUGGAGGUUGCUCCUCGGAGCGUCUCUCUCCAUGCCUUUCCCAGUGUCUCCUCUGCUCCCUCUCUCUCUCCCUCCCUCCCUCCCUCUCUCCCACCCCCCAGAGCCCCACUAUCUCAGCACGGUGCCCCCGUGGUGAGGCAGAGUGGAAAUACCAUCCGAGUCACGAGAGCCUCGUUAAUGGCUCUCCUGACACCUGCUUCCAGUGACUCAUGUCGCAAAGUAAGUUUUUUAACUAAUUAGCUCUACCUUCCCAGGCCCGGGGGAUGUCACCAUGAUCAGCCGCUGCCAUCCCCAGGAUAGCACCUCAGAUUUAUGGGAUGACCUUUUUUCCCCCUUGAAUGUACCAGUGAGGUACAGAGGCCAUUGGAAAUGCCAAGCAGAUGGUAUCAGAGGGAGCCCUGCGCCAGCAGCCAGGAGGACACGCGCAUGGGUGCAGGAGGGAGCCCUAAAGGGAGCAAUGCUGGGAGGGAGGGCUCAUGUCCCCCAAGAGCCCAGAGCUGGGGGUUUGGAGAAGAGACUGGGGUCACAGUGGUCAGGAUUUCUGACCUCAUCUUGUAGAUUCUGCUCUGUCCUCAUGACCAAGGCCAAGGUGUGGAUCAGCCGCCAUUCCAGACCUCAGCUCGAGCAGACGGGCUCUCAGCCCCAACCCUCCCGUGAAGUGGGCUCCUGGGCCCUGGACCCUAAUUAGGAGAAAGCGAACUCAGGAAGCCUAGCCCGCUGCUUCGGGUUCAGUUGAGAAGCUUCAAGCUUUCCUGCCAUUUUCUAGCAGGGGACCAUGUUUCCUGGAGAAGCUGUGCACAGCCCCGUUGUAGGUCAGUCUGAAGCAGAGAAGGGCGGGGUUCGGGGUUCCCUCCCCUCUCCCGGGGCCUCCCCGUGACCGGGGCUCAGACAAGGAACGCUCUGGGCUCCGCGUAGAGAUCUCUGCUCUGGGCAGAGCGGCACCCCAGGUGCCAUUUUCUGGGUCACGUGGUCAUCUCUGAUCUGUGACCUAGCUGGGCCUUCUCUAGACCCGUGCUGGGCCACCGGGAAGGCUGGUGACAGUGCAGAUUCCCAGGCUCCCUCUGAGCAGGACCAGGACCAGGGUGGGGCCAGCCGGGCACUUGCCUCUGGCACAGAAUUUAAGGGGCAGCCAGAAAACUCAGCCAUCAGGAUGAGCGGUAUUUUAAUGCACUAUUCCCAAGGAUUCAAACAGUGCCCCGGAUCACAAUGAAUAAAG